AUGGCACCCUCAAUCCUUCCUGGGACAUCAGUAGGGUUCGGGCAUGGCGAUAUCGAAGAUGCUCGCAGCAUGCAGGGGAGCCAGCCUCGUGCUCGAACGCACCUGUCGCUCGCAGGGACUACCAGGAGGACCAUGUCGCUGCUCGUGUUCGGCUGUGCGGCGUCGGGUCUUCUCCUUAUCGGCAUGCUGGUCGCAACUGGGAGCAGCUCGAGGAUGCAAGUGCCUCGAGUGGAGCUUGCGGCGAUCAGGGAGAGCGACUACAAGAACAUGAAGCAGCCCAUCUACAGAACCAUUGACCACCUUGCGGGUUGGAAGCUCGACUGGGCCCUUGGGGGCGAUGCGCCACAGACGGAGCUGAACAAGGAGCGUCUUGAUGCGGUGACGGCUGAUGCCUCGAGGAUCGCGAGCUACCUGCAGGUCGACGAGUUCCCUCCCGAUAUGCGCCGCGCCAUCGACCCCAGCGUCGAUCCCUGCGACGACUUCUAUCAGUUCGCGUGCGGGCACUGGGCGGAGUCGAAGGGGUCAAACAUCCCCGACGACGUGUCCUCGGUGGCGCUGCAGUGGGAUCAGGUUGACGAUGGGAUCAGAACGCAGCUCAAGUCUCUGCUCGAGACUGAUAAAGAGAACCCAGCAGCGAUCUUCUACCGCUCCUGCCUCAAGGGGACGGCGCCCAAGGCGUCGUGGGACCUGUUGACUCCAUGGAUGGAGAUGACUGAGAACAUCACAGACAACGUGACGUUUGUCGACGCAGCCAUCAAAGUUCAGCUGGCUGACCUGAGCUUGUUCUGGACGUGGUCAGUCGACAUCGACUCUUGGAACAAGGAGAGGUACGGGCUCUUUGUCAAGGGCUCGAAGCCGAUCCUUGAUGCCGACGAGUACACCCAGUAUCUUGCUACUGGCAAGGAAUCGGAUACCAUCUCUGCUUUCAAGGAGUUUGUGAAAACGCUCGUGGGGCUUGCUGGCUACGACGACAACGUCGCCAACGACGAUGCUGAGAAAGUCCUUCAGAUGGAUAUCAAGCUUGCUGCAGGCUUCAACAGCAGCGACGGCUCGUCUCAUUAUGACCAGUGGAUAGAUCGGGAGUAUCUGAGCGUCAAGGCGCCUUCGAUCGACUGGGAGCGAUGGUUCGAAGCGAUGAACUUCUCUCAGGUCGGGGUGGGCGAGGAAGGCGAGGAGGAGGACGCGAUGGGCCAGCCUCUCUCGAGCCCGAGGCUGAUCAUCAAGCAAGGUGGCUGGCUACAGAACCUCGAGGACAUCUUCAGCUGCAAGGAUUUUACCAGCCCCAACGGCACUGUGGACACGGAGCAGUGCUGGGCUGAAGUCGAAUCGUACACGCGAUUCCGCCUCAUCUACAAUUAUGCCACCUACCUGGACGACAGCUUCAGGGAUGCUGUUCACGACUGGCACAACGCCAAGUUCGGGGUUGUGGCAAAACAGCAGCGGGUCAAGAAGUGCUACUCGGACACGACGUACCUGCUGGGCUGGGCGUCUAGUUACCUCUACGUGGAGAAUGUCUUCCCCAAGACCAGGAAGGACGACACGAUCACAAUGCUCAAGAACAUCCGCCAGGAGUUCCGAGACAGCCUUGACACAACCAAGUGGAUGGACCCGGCCUCGAGGAAGGCGGCGCAGGAGAAGCUCGACAACAUGUUCUUUGAGGUUGGUUACCCGGAUGACUGGCCAGAGAGCGUCUUCAGAAACUUUGGGCAGCUCUCGGAGGAUAACUACGUGGGGAACGUUGACAUCAUCGGGUCGAACGCAGUGAAGCGAGCUCAGGUGAGAAUCUUCGAGUCGCCGAAGCGAAACCGCUGGGGCGAGUCGUACCCCAUCGUCGUCAACGCCUUCUACAGCCCCAUGGUCAACGGACUUUGGGUUCCCGCUGGGAUCAUUCAGACGCCCUUCUACUCAGAGACGUACGACGACGCUCGCAACUACGGAGCUCUCGGAACGAUCUGCGGGCACGAGAUGACGCAUGGGUUUGACGACACGGGGCACUUGUUGGACAAAAAUGGCGAUCAGAAGGACUGGUGGGACAGCAAGACAUUCCAAGAGUUUGACAAGAGAGCGGAUUGUCUGGCCGAGCAGUACAGCGAGUACGGGAGCGAAGUGCCGGAUUGGUACCAGGGGAAUCACGUGGACGGGGAAGCGACGCUGGGAGAGAACAUUGCAGACGAAGGUGGCAUGCGAUUUGCGUUCCAGGCGUUCGAGAAGUCCCACCCGACUGAGCGACGGUCGAUGGCGGCUCACCGACUCUUCUUCACGGCCUUCGCUCAGAACUGGUGCGAGACAGACAAGCAGGACAUGGCGAUCGACUCGCUCUUCUCCGAUGAGCACUCGCCCGCUAAGUACAGGGUUCUCGGAGUUCUCAGCAACUUCCAGCCGUUUGCUCGCGCGUUCCAGUGCCCCGUCGGCACUGCCAUGAAUCCCAAGAAGCAAUGUCAGCUCUGGUGA